AUGUUUUGGCAUCCUUUUCUUGUCGGAAGUCAAACUAGCCGCGUGGCAUUCCAACACUCAAGGAAUCGGAGCCCCGUCUCGGACGAAGCAGGACGACCAGAUCGAAAGAAGUUUACCAUGUCAGUUGGCGAUGUUGACGUACGAGACGUGGGCAUCAGCGCUAUCGAGAUUUACUUUCCAAGAAAUGUUGUCAACCAAAAGGAUCUGGAGCAAUUUGAUAAAUGUUCCCCCGGUAAGUACACUAUCGGUCUAGGACAAGAGCAGAUGGGGUUCUGCGGUGACAAUGAAGACAUCGUGUCCCUUUCGCUUACAGUCACUGAUGCUCUUCUUCGCAAUUAUAAUAUUGAUCCUUCCUCUAUAGGCUUCCUAGCUGUGGGGACAGAAACGCUUAUCGACAAGAGCAAAAGCGUAAAGACGGAGUUGAUGCAAUUAUUUGGUGACAAUUUUGACAUAGAGGGCGUUGAUGUCAAGAAUGCUUGUUUUGGUGGCACCCAAGCUGUCUUCCAUGCGGUUGACUGGAUCUACGCGAAUUACGGCACUGAGAGGCGUAAUGCUAUCGCGGUUUUAGCUGACAUAGCCGUAUAUGAACCAGGACCUGCUAGGCCCACUGGAGGUGCUGGUGCCAUUGCUGUACUUAUAACGCCGAAUGCUCCUAUUGCAUUUGAUCGGGGACUACGAGGCACGCAUAUGGCCAACACUUGGGAUUUCUACAAACCAAUCGUAUCAAGGGGUACAGAAUAUCCAGUGGUUGAUGGCCCAGUGAGUCUGCAUUCUUAUAUGAUGGCGCUUGAUGGCUGUUACCGCGCAUACAAAGAGAAGGCUGCGAAGAUCUAUGGGCAAGAUAUAUCGUUGGCGUCAUUCUCUGCAGCUAUGUUCCAUUCUCCGUUUACACGCAUGGUUCAGAAAGCAUUGGCGAGAUUGACGUACAGGGAUUACGAGGGCGGAAGAACGGAGUACCAGACUUCUUAUUCAAAACUUAGCUUAUUAUCGCCUUCUUCCUUCGAAGAUCGAGAAGUGAUGAAAUGUCUUUUGAAAGGCUCUGAAGAAGAAUGGAAAGCCAAAACCGCCCCAUAUCUCGAGCUAAAUCGUCGCAUCGGCAACAUGUACACGCCAUCACUAUUCGCUCAACUCAUUGGAUAUCUUGCUUCAGGACAUUCCGAUGCACAAAAUCGUGUCUUGUUCUUCGCAUACGGCAGUGGCUCGGCAGCUGCAAUGUUUUCGGCAUCUAUCGAUGUUUCCAGCGAGCCGUUAGUACGUAUGGUUGAGGUUUCACGGAAUGCUAUUGCUCGACUUGAGGAUCGUUGUAUUUUCACACCGGAGAAUUACACAGAGAUCCUGAAAUUACGCGAAGAUUUCCUGUCAUCGGGUGUGCCCACAACGCCGAAAUGCAGCUUUCCGGAACAUCCUGCAUCCAGUCUGUUCCCGGGUACCUACUUUCUUGUGGCAAUGGAUGAGAAGUAUAGGAGGACUUAUGAUCGUACAUCCUUGUCGGAUCAUUCACUGGCACACUCGAAUGGCUGCGUUAAUGGAAUUGACAGCACUAAUGGGAACAUUGGCGUAUGA